AUUUUUGUUUUUAUUGUUGCAACAUAACUAAAAAAAAAUGUCUGAACAGCCUAAAAAUACGGCUAAAACGAAAAGGCCAUCAAUUAUAACUGUGUUUCAUUUAGAUGAAGUGUUAAAAGAUUUUGGAAGUUUUGGAAAGUUUCAGUCACAACGAAUUUUUAUUCUUUUGCUUGUUUUAUAUUCGUUUAGUAUUGGUGGUUAUAAUUUUUUGUUUGCAACUUUAAUCCCAGAAUAUCGAUGCCUGAUUCCAGAAUGUGAAAAUUAUACACAAUAUCCACUGGAGUAUAAACCUGAGUGGUUGGAAAAUGCUGUGCCAUUUCAGAAAGAAAAACCUGAAAAAUGUACAAGAUAUGAGCCUCAACUAGAAACAAUACAAGAAUGUUCAGCUAAUUCAUUUAAUAUAAAUAAAACGAAAAUCUGUGAUACUUAUGUUUUUAAGGAUAAUUCUUUUAAAGGGAUUGCACAAGACUUUGAUAUUUACUGUGAUGAUAAAUUAUGGAUGUUAACACUACCAUCGACAAUGUCAUUUGUUGGUUUAUUAAUAUCAUUACCGUUCAAUGGAUAUUUUUCUGAUAGAUUCGGAAGAAAACGUACCUUAAUUUUAUUAAUAUUUAUAACUGGAUGCAUUGCUGAAAUUCAGGCUUUCUUCUCAUAUAAUUACUUCACUUACAUUUCGACACAGUUUCUGGUGGGAUUAGUUGGCAGUGGAGUAUUUCCAAUUACAUAUACAUUACUCUUGGAAUUACUUGGUCCAGAAUAUCGUUCUUUAGGAUCCUUUGCAGUAUUUUCAAUUUCAGUAUUAGGGGAAGCAACAUUAGCUCUAAUUGCAAUGCAUGUAUCACAUUGGCGUACAAUGGUGAAAAUAUCAACAUUUCCAGCUUUAUUAGUCGUGUUGUAUGGAUGGCUUAUACAAGAAUCGAUAAGAUGGUUAUUAGCUAAAGAUAAAAUUGGUAAAGCAAAUAAUGCUAUUAAAAAAAUGUUCGAAGGAAAUGGUGUUACAUUGGAAAUGGAAAAGUAUCAAACAUCAAAGCCGAAAACCGCAGAAUAUAUCAAAGAGAAACAAGAAACUUUUACGGACUUAUUUCGUUCAUGUCCAAUGGUUUUACGAAUUUUAACAUGCAUGUUUUGUUGGAUAUCCUGUGUGUUUGUAUUUUAUGGAAUAACAUUAGGAUCUGUAUCAAUUUUUGGAAAUUUAUACUUAAAUUUCAUGAUGGUAGCAUUAAUAGAAAUACCUGGAAAUUUGGCUGCGUUAAUAUUCAGCAACAAAAUUGGACGUAAAAUGACUUUAAGUGGAUCCUUCAUUAUAGCUGGUUUAUCGUGUGUAGGAUUCACAGUGAUACCAGGAGAAAGCUGGCUGAAAUUAUUAACAUAUUUACUAGGAAAAUGUGCCAUUACUUCAGCAUUUAAUUGCAUAUACAUUUAUACAACAGAAUUAUAUCCAACACCAUUCCGACAAAGAGUUAUGGGAAUUUGUUCAUCAGUGGGACGUAUUGGAUCAAUUGUUGCACCACAAAUGCCAUUCUUGGCACGUAUUUGGACACCAUUACCAUAUUUAAUUUUCGCAUGUAUGGCUAUUUCUGGAGGUUUACUUACACUCAUAUUUCCCGAAACAUUAAAUACGACAUUACCUGAUAGUAUUGAUAGUGCACUAAAUAUUGGAAAAUCGAAAAAUGAUGAUAAGCUUGGUACAGACCCAAGUGUUAAUUGUAAAUCUGCUUCGGGUAGUCUUAAUCUAACAUAA